AUGGACAACUCAAAGACGGAAAGACGCAGAAGCCUCGGCCACCCCUCCCUCAUGGAGCGCAGCCUCCAGCGCUCCAAGCACGAGGUGAGCCUGAGUUCCUUUUCUUUUCUGUUUUCGGAAAUGGUCCAGUACUCUCUAAAUGCAGCAAAAAAAGGAUACCGCAUGGAGGACAGGCUGCACGAGAUGGGGCUGCGGAUAGGGUACAAAGUGCUGGAGUUGGUUUCUUUUCGAGAAAGAGCAGCAAAAAGAGAAACUCGAAUUGUCCCUUUUUUGUCUUUUGUUGCUUCUGCGGUUUGGCGCUGUCUCUUCGGCCGCUCCAUGGAGUUGCUGCGCGCCCAGGACACCGAGCUCGAGUGUAAACCCUUUUUUAGGGGGUGCGGCUGGUGGGGUGCUGCUGCUGCUGCUGCUGCUGCUGCUGCUGCGUUUGUUGAUGCUUAUGUUUCGAUCUUGCUGCAGCAGCAACUGCUGCUGCUGCUGCGCUGCUGUGAAGCUACAGUCUGUAUCCCUUCUCAAUACUGCUACCGCUGCUGCUGCUGCUGCUGCUGCUGCUGCUGCUGCUGCUGCUUCUGCUGCAGCCUGCUGCAGUGUCUGCACAUACAGUGGAGGAGAGCGCGGGAGUGA